AAACAUCCACGAAUGGUUAUAAUGCAAAGAGGGAUACCAGUCUCAGCACCGCGGUCCGUACACAAUAAGGUAACAGCAAGUUGUCAAGAUACCACCGAUUACAACGGAAAACGCAUUUCCUGGCGGGAAUUUACCGCUGAGGCGUUGGAUGGAUGAUGAGGAGGAGGACAUGUCCCGGCCUAUCACACAGUCCUGGGGAACGCCCUUUAGGGACCUCAAAUACGAAGACCAAGCCACGCAGAUUGCAGCCAGACAAGCCCUCACAGCCAUCACUGCUGCCGUGCCCACGUCACAGGGCCACAACAACAACAGCGUUAACACACUGCCUUGCAGAAUACACCGGCAGCAGCGCAUACCGUUUCACGGCAACGCUGGAUUACGCUCACAUUUUCCCGCUCAGUUUGAACCCAUGGAGGACCGGGGAGAGAUACAGGUUGAGGAGGAGGAGGAAGAAGACAGAAGGGAAGAAGACGAUGCGGUGGGAGAGAGGCCAGAGGAGCAGGCGGGGGUGAACGUGGAGGUGGAAAUUGGGCGCAAACUUCGGGAGAUUGGUGACAAGCUCCAUCAUGAUCAUAUUGAACUGUUCAUGAGGCACCAGAGACAAAACCUGCCUGUGUGGAUGCGCCUUACGAUGGCCGUUUUUGCCUUUUUGUUUCCAAGAGAGGCUCUCGUCCCCCGCCUGAGAGGCGAGCAGAGAUGAACGGACUUCCUGCUGGCGCCCUCGCAUUGGCCCUUGUUUUCUAAAUGGAACCAAGGGAUUGGACUUAAAGAGAUGGCACUGUAAGAUGGAAGACGGGUUUGGAUUUUGUUUCCUAAUUGAAUAUGAAGAUGAGAUGAAGAAGACAAUGGUCACCGCUGGACGGAGACUGAUUACUUUUUUUUUUCUUUGCCUCUCUGAGAAGAAGCCAUUGUGUUUGAAGAGAUAUUUUCGAAAUAUUUGUAAGAUUAACUAUUUUGUACAGUGAACUCCUCUUUUUAUUUGGUGUCCCAAGUCCUGCAGGACCUCCAUCAAUCCAGGGAAUGCCUUAUUCUCUCUUGCCACAGUACAUGCUGUUUUUGCAUCAAGAUAAAUCAAUGAAAAGAGAAAAAAAUUGACAUUAGGCCACUUUUAGGUGAGAAGACUGUGGACAUUGGUAUUUUUGUGCUGAUGUAACUGACUUUAAAACUCAAGGGCACAUUUCUGGUUUAGUCUCAAAAAAGAAAAAAAAAGAAGACCUAUACCCACCCUUCACUGUUCCACAAUGGUUAAUUUGAAAAUGGCUGUAACACUCUAGUGUGGCGCUUUUUGGUCCGUUUAUAUGCAUGUUUUACCAGCUUCCACGGUAGACAUGGGGACAUUAUAUCAACCUUUUUCAUUAAGCAUCUCCAUCUCCAGCACCACUUAUGUUGUUAGAGGUGACCUCCAACACCACUGUGAAGAUUCAGACACUGUUAAUAUGAAGCAUUUAUACUUGAAUAAGGUGUACUGAAGAUAUUUUGAUCUAAUAAUUGAGAGAUCUGACACGUUUUGCGAUCAUGUGUCUGUUGGAGCGUUUGCUUACUGUCUGCAAAUUCUGCAUCAAUUCUGAAACCAAAUAAGCACAAACAAGAGUCAAAGAAAUCUCACUUGUGGGAUAACGAUCAGGGAAAUGGAAACAAUCAGCCGAAAAGCUUAGGAUAAAUGUCAUCAUUCUCCGAAGGUUUCCAGCAUUUAUUUCUCUGGCUAUGUAGACAAUCGCAAUUUUGCCCUCAGCUGCAUUGUGGGUUGCCUGUGAAAGAGAUGAUCAGCAAUUUAAAGGGCGAGCAAUAUUCAAGCCAGUGGAACAAGUAAUACUUGUGGAGAUCAGCUGUAUUUGCAAUCAAUCUGAUAUCCAUAGUUUCUCAGUGAAAUACACCUCUUUAUUAACCUUUUUUUUUUUUUUUUUAGACAAACAUUUUGGGGUUACGGCAUAGAGAUGCAUUCUUAUUUGUUUUCUCUCCAGCUGGAAACACUGAGCACACUUUCAAACCCGAUGUGCUAACACGUGUCUGAGGUAUGUCAAACUGCCAGUGGUACCUUCAGCCUCACUUAGUUAAGGACAGCUUCUGUACAGUUUAAAGGUCACUUUUGAUACCACACAGAUACACAUCUGGGAAGGUUUCUACCAUGUUGUGCAACAUUUCACACCAACACAGCCACUGUUCGUCAAUCUGAAGUCUUUAAGGACUUUAAACAUGAUGUUAAAGAUUCCUCAUUUGGUAUAUUAAUUCAUGACAUGAACUUUUGAAGACACUGAUGGAUUUUUUUUUCUCUUUUAUGUUCCCUUCAGGGAGUAGUUAACAGCCAUGUUAUCUUUCUGACUCUUAUUCGGAGCUGUAUUUGGGAAAAACUCUGCAUUUGUUUUAUUGUUGCUGUUAGACGAUGCUGAACAAGCAGAGCACUUUUACUCCUCUUCAGCGUGGAAGUGUGUUACAGAUUGUCAGGUUUUUUUUUCUCUUUUAAUAGGAGUAGCUGAACCAAACGUUUGUUUCCUGCAAACACUGAACGCUGAGCCAAUUCAGAUAGCUGUGGCACACUCUCAUCAGCAGUCCAAAGCGCUAAGCACUCCCUCCCCACCAUGUUUAACUACUCCCUGUUGUUAAUAAGAUGUUUCAUUUUGUUUUUGUUUCUUUUAAGGUAAUUUAUUCUAAUUUAUUUUGUGUAUAUUUGCCCAGUGCUACUGUAUAGAUGCUUUCUGAGUGUGUACAGUCCUUUUCUUCUCAUUACUGAGGUGCAUUCAGUUGCUUCGUUUGAAGCCUGUGUGUGGAGAGGUUGGACUAAAGCCAUGUGCCUCGUGCUUCACACAAAUGGUGUGAGUCUUUAUAAAUCACGUGAACGACAGACAAUCAAACGUACAAACAUGUGCCUUGUGAGUAAGAGACCUGCCACACCAUUAUCAUCAACACUUGGCAUAAUUACCCAAAGUCACUGGUCACAGCUCUCGUUUCACUUGGGCUCUGUGAGAUCAACAAACAAUCAAAAUAAACUCGGUUUGAUUUCUCACAUCAGCUCACGAGGCACAGGCUCAACCUUUGACAUCUCUCAGCACGAAUGGCAAUUUUCAACAUCCCUCUAAUUAUCAGAAACAACUGUUUGUAAAAUGCACUGUAAAAACAUAUUUUUAGCUGUAUACUGUAUUUGCACCUCUCUUUCUACUCCUGUGCUGAACUUCCCCUCUAGAUUCUUGAAACUUUUUUUAAAGAUCUGUAAUAUGCUGGAUCGGCCUGGCUUGUCUGGGUUUUCGUGCUUUAUUAUCUUUAAUCUGGUAGGGCUGCAGGUUUACCUUUUGAAGGAGGAAUGAGCCACCAUGGUGCCCAGUAUUAUUUUAUUUGAGAUGGGUUUAAACAGCCACUCGGUCAGUGUGGUGUUGAUCUGAGCCUGUCGUUACCAACCACUAUUUCAACCUAAAGUGAAACGUUUAUGUUCAGCCUUCAGUGUCUUUAAUAUUGAUUUUCUUUUUCAAUUUGUUUUUAUAAAAAAAACCAAGAAAGAGUGCAUCUUUACUGUCACGUGCUGUGAUUUGGUGUUUUUAUACAUUAGACAUGAAUUUGACACCUGUUGCUAUCUUUAUAAAGGAUUUUUAAAUGUUUUACAUAAUCUUUUGUAAGAAUACAAAGACAGAACUGCAACAACAUGAAUUUUGGUUUUCUAUAAUGGUUUUCAUUCUUGAGUUUGGAUAUUGCCAAGUCUGCUGUGUCACUCAGUUAAAGGGCUUUUUUCAAUAUAUGUAAAUGGAGUAAAAAUGCAUGUACAACAUUCCUGGAAAAAAAAAAAAGAAAUCUGUAUCCUAAGGGUUUGAAUGUAACUUAAUG